CUUAUAUGUUAAGUGAUUUAUUACUGUACGAUUCAUUUCUUACUAAAGUUAAGGGAAAGGUUUUUGAAAAUCUGAUUUAUCAAAGCGUUAUUAAUUUUUUUCUUAAUAUUUGAAUCGACACAAAAAAAGCUUUAGAAGUAAAGCAUUAAACAACUAACGGGCAGUUUUGUACUUAGAUAUACAUUAAAAUAUAUUAAAUGUUAUUUCUAUCUAGAUAUAGGAGAUUGUACAUAAUGCCGAGUUUGAAUUAUGACUAUACUCAAUCUCUGAGGAGGCAGAACGCACUUUACGUUCUUAAAUACAGUGACCCAGUUAAAGUAGCAGAAAACCCAGCACCUGUUGUAGGGUAUAGCGGCCAUGUACCCUCAUAUAGAAGCAGCAUACAUGACCAGAGGGUUAUUAGAUCACUUAUGAGAAGUCUGGUUAGCCCGAUGAAACCAACCACUGCAACAGGUUUUGUUAAAGCGGCGUCGAAUCUUCCCAAGUUUGAACACGAGAAAAAGGAACAAUCCACGGCGUCUUUAAACAAGAGAGCAAGGUCGGCACCCGUGACGUUGAGUGGUACUGAUCAAAAUGAGAAAACACCACCUCAAUCUUCACGGAGCAUCAAAUCUGGUCAGUCAGUUCGUGUAAGUCCUUCGAAACUUGCCAUGAUGUCGGCAGGUGGAUUGGAUAAAAUGUCGGCAAGUCGUCCACAUACUUCUGCUGCUGUGAGUCAAAAAGUCCAACAACCGAUCUCGUCGAGAGCAAGCAGCGCGUCCUCUGUUUCCCUGCGACCGAUCACGGAGGAGAAACCCCGGAAGCAUCCAACAGGUUAUCCACAGACGCUCUACGGCGCCAGCUUCUGGUACGCAUGGAAAGACGAAGAAACCAAAUUAGAUGUUACACGACCUGAGUCGUAUCAGCGAGAUCGUAGUUUAAAUCGACAUAAUAACGUGCUAUACCAUAAAUACGAAGGUGUGGUACCAAAAUACAUGGGUUAUGUUCCUGGGUAUAAGUUCAGGCAUGGAUCAACAUACGGAGUUCUUACUGUGAGAGCCACAGAAGCGGGGGUAGUUCAUAAAUUGAAGAAUUAGUUUAAAUUAGAAUUUCUUUAGUAAUAUUCACUAUAUCACUAAUAUUUUGGUGGAGUGCAAUGCUUAGAUAUCUAUAUGUGUUUAGUGGCGUUCUUUUCAUUUGCACUAAAGCAUUUAAAUUGUGUUUACAUUUAACCGUGUAUUAAGACAAAUAAUAAAACUUUACAAGAAUACACAAGUAUACAAAAC